AUGGGAUGGGCUGGGGUGAACCAACCGCUGUGCACAAAUGGGGGUAAGGGUGGUGCAAUGUUCCUCAGCUCUGCACUGUGCUUGCAACACAUCUCUCAAAUUUGCCAAAUUGCCAACCGUGGACUGACUAAGACCUGCAUUUGCGCUUUGCCUAUGGUACGGUUGUCAUUCCAACAACGCAUUCUUUGCUGCAGCUCACACUGCGUUUCUUUGCGCAGACACAAGGCUCUUGGCAUGGAGUCCCCACUACAAACAGUCGAUUGGGGUCACCUGCCAUUCGCGGUGCUGGACAAUGUGCGAGAGCGGCUGGGCAAGAGUCGCAAAAGGCAGUCCGCCAUGGUGGCCUGCGCGCGCUUGGUCAACAGACACUGGUGCUACUGGGCAGCUGAAUCAGAGGUGGUGCUGAACCUGUCCGGCAGCCUUCCCUUGGAACUCAUGGUGCACAUUGCCAUGAAGCGUUUCACGAGAGUUGUGGGGCUGCUGGUGAAUGGGUCGGUGCCUAUGGGAGGUGACAUGCCUGGCAACCAUUUGUCCUGCCUGGAAAAGCUGACCCAUCUGAGGCAGCUGAAGGUCGUGGGGUCGUCGAGCCUGACGCAGGACAGCUUGGGGCACGUGGCACAUCUGCGCAGGUUGAAGAGGCUGACCCUGCAAGGGUGCGGGGGAGUGUCUCAGGGCUGCCUGUCGCAUUUGGUGUGCCUGACCGCGCUCGAGACCCUGGACCUGGACACUUGCGCAAACCUGUUGGACAACAGUCUGGAGCAUGUUGGACAGCUUACGUCCCUCAAGCGCCUGAGCCUGAUCGGUUGCACUAAGGUCACUGAUGCAGGCCUGGCCCACAUAGGCAGCUUGACUGGGCUGGAGUGGCUGGCGGUUUACAGGUGUCAGGGCGUCAGCGACAGCAGUUUGCAACAGGUGGGGAGCCUGACAGCCCUCAGAACCUUCCAUUUCGGCAGGUGUCCCAGAGCACAGAGAUUUCUGGCAGACAUCUCCAAAUGCAAAGCCCUCGAGUCGAUGAUUCUAUCCGGUUUCGAUUCCCUUUGCCUCGAGGACCUGAUGCAUGUGGCCUCUCUGAGGGGACUCCGGCAGCUGACCAUCCACAUGUGCCCUGGCGUCAGCGACGAUGGUCUGCAGUGCAUCGCGGGUCUGACAGCAUUGAAGCGGCUGGUGCUGCAGGGCUGUGCGGAGAUCACAGAUGCUGGCUUGGCUCAUAUCAGCAGCCUCCCCAUCCUUGAGAGGUUGACACUGUACAUGUGCCAGAAGCUGACGGACCAUGGCCUCCACCACAUUGGGCGGCUAACGACCCUGCGGCGCCUGAGGCUGGACAGGUGCCCGAGGAUCACAGACAAGGCGCUGGCACACAUGGGCAGGUGGAAGACGUUGGAGAGCCUGGAGCUGAGGGCGUGCGGCGGCAUCACGAAUAAAGGUCUGGAGCAGAGCCAGAACAUGAGGUCGCUUGUGCGGCUGAAGGUUGACUGGUGCGAGAAAGUGGGGAUAUAUGUUUCGGCGGUCCGGUGCUGA